UGCAACGGUAGUCUUGGUGAAAAAAUUGUAAAAGAUGUGAGAGAGGCUGGUGGGAUUUUGACAAUGGAGGAUUUGAGGAAUUACAAAGUGAAUGUUACGGAUGCCAUGACUGCAAAUGUGUUGGGAUAUACUAUAUCAGGAAUGCCACCUCCUUCAGCUGGAACUUUGGGGCUUUCUAUGGUUCUGAACAUCUUCAACAGCUAUGGAAAUUCAGAUGCAGCAAACGGAGAUCUUGGUCUGCAUCGUCUGAUUGAAGCAUUGAAACACAUGUUUGCAAUCCGAAUGAACUUGGGUGAUCCUGCUUUUGUAGAUACCCAUGAAUAUGCAUCUGAUAUGCUUUCUCCAUCCUUUGCUAAGGAAAUUCAGCAGAAGAUAUUUGACAACACAACUUUCCCACUAGAGUACUAUUCAUACAGGUGGAGUCAGCUCAGAGAUCACGGAACAAGUCAUUUCUGCAUAGUAGAUGUAGACAGAAAUGCGGUAUCAAUGACAAUCACUGUAAACUAUCCUUUUGGAGGUGGAGUACUCUCUCCUUCUACUGGAAUUGUGCUCAACAAUGAGAUGGGUGACUUCUCAAGUCCCACUGACAUAUCGCCAGACCAUCUCCCUCCUGCUCCGUCAAAUUUCAUUGAACCAAUCAAAAGACCUUUAUCUUCCAUGACUCCUAUUAUAGUCACAAAGGAUAAUCAAUUGGUUGGUGUGCUUGGAGGUAGUGGUGGUUUGAACAUUAUCCCAGCUGUAACUCAGGUGUUUAUCAAUUAUUUCAUAUUGGGGAUGGAACCUUUAGCCUCAGUUCAAAGUCCAAGGGUCUACCACAGGCUAAUACCAAACAUAGUGUCAUAUGAAAACUGGACUGUAAUCGAUGGAGAUCAUAUCGAGCUUUCAGAUGAAAGAAAGCUCUUCUUGCAGGAGCGGGGUCAUGAAUUGCAGGCUAAAGCCGGGGGAGCCAUCACUCAGCUCAUUGUUCAAAGACUUGGAAACCCUAUUCAGAUGGGCAGGAAAUGUGGUAGAAGUUCAAAUGAAAACGUUUUCCAUGGUAUACUCACUGCUGUAAGUGACCUUAGAAAAGAUGGAAGGCCUGCAGCUGUAUGA